UUUUCGAGAGAAAAAUCUUCAUUCUGUCGGUGAGUUAUAUUUAUUGACGUAGAGGCUUAUCAUCUUCAUCUUCAUUGUUCACUGAAGAAAAGAAAAACCAAAGAUGAGCUAUAACGAGGAGAGAAAACCGCACGCUGUGUUGACUCCAUAUCCAGUUCAAGGCCAUGUGAACCCUUUGUUAAAACUAGCGAAGCUGCUUCACCUGAGAGGCUUUUACAUAACCUUUGUUCACACUGAGUACAACUACAAACGCUUGCUCAAAUCAAGGGGUCCUAAUGCCCUUGAUGGCCUACCAGAUUUUAGAUUUGUGAGCAUCCCAGAUGGCCUUCCUCCCUUGGAUGAUGCUAAUGUUACUCAGCACGUACCCUCUCUCUGUGACUCUAUCAGAAAGAACUUCCUCAAACCCUAUUGCAACCUUGUGCGUUCACUUAACCACUCUGCCACUGAGCAUGGGGGUACCAUACCCCCAGUUACUUGCUUGGUCUCUGACGGUUGCAUGCCCUUUACUAUACAAGCUGCUCAACAACUUGGACUCCCUAACCUUAUCUUUUGGCCUGCUAGUGCCUGUUCAUUCUUGUCUAUCAUCAACUUUCCCACUCUAGUUGAGAAAGGUCUCACACCACUCAAAGAUGAGAGUUAUCUGAGAAAUGGGUAUUUGAACUCAAAAGUGGACUGGAUUCCUGGAAUGAAGAACUUCCGGCUGAAGGACAUACCUGACUUCAUAAGGACAACGGAUCUAAAUGAUGUGAUGUUGCAAUUUUUCAUUGAAGUUGCAAAUAAAGUUCAGAGAAACUCCACUAUUCUUUUCAACACUUUUGACGAACUUGAGGGUGAUGUUAUGAAUGCUCUAUCUUCCAUGUUCCCUUCUCUUUAUCCAAUUGGUCCUUUCCCUUUACUUUUAAAUCAAAGUCCACAAAGCCACUUGGCAUCUUUAGGUUCCAAUCUUUGGAAGGAAGAUCCAGAGUGUCUUGAAUGGCUUGAAUCCAAGGAAUCUGGAUCCGUUGUUUAUGUGAAUUUUGGCAGCAUCACAGUUAUGUCUGCAGAACAACUCUUGGAGUUUGCUUGGGGUUUGGCCAACAGCAAGAAACCCUUUUUGUGGAUCAUUAGGCCUGACCUUGUCAUUGGUGGAUCCGUGAUUUUGUCAUCUGAGUUUGUGAAUGAAACAAGAGACAGAAGCCUAAUAGCAAGUUGGUGUCCACAAGAGCAAGUGCUGAACCAUCCUUCAAUUUGUGGAUUCUUGACUCAUUGUGGAUGGAACUCAACUACUGAAAGUGUUUGUGCUGGAGUGCCAAUGUUGUGUUGGCCAUUUUUUGCAGAUCAGCCAACAAACUGUAGAUAUAUCUGCAAUGAAUGGGAGAUUGGGAUUCAAAUUGAUACAAAUGUGAAAAGAGAGGAGGUGGAGAAGCUGGUGAGUGAAUUGAUGGUAGGAGAGAAGGGAAAGAAGAUGAGAGAAAAGACCAUGGGGUUAAAGAAGAAGGCAGAGGAGGCCACCAGGCCCAGUGGUUGUUCAUACAUGAACUUGGACAAAGUAAUUAAGAAGGUGUUGCUUCAUUAGACAUUGUUAGAUUGAAGGUUUUUUUUUUCUUUUUCAUAAUGCUUUAAUUUACUAUGAUAGUUCGUUGAUCUUCUCUAGAAUUUCUGCAUUGUAGAAAUAGUGCCCUGGUUACAGGUGCUAGUUUGUGGCAUGUAAUAUGUAAGUCUUGGCAUUUCAAUCUGUGAUUUUUUCCUGUCUUUAGCUUAA